AUGCCUUCUACUCGCGCUAUCAUUUCACUCUUUGUCUUUAUCGCUUCUUUACUCAAUAUGAGUAUACAAGCUGCCGUUGGCGAAAAUGGUGAUGCUUCUUCUUCCGUAUCUAUGUCAGCGCCACGCUCAACCCUUGCGAUCACAAAAAAGGUCGGCCAAUCGCCUACCACUCCGCAACACAUGCAUGGGUUAAAUAUUUAUGACUCGAGUGACAAGGAUGCUCGUCAAUAUCGUGCUGAUUCUUCUGCCGCUAAGACGAAGGGAAAACCAUCUUGUCCUACUGGUCGCAAAGGGCAAGAGGAGCCAAAGAAGGAUAUUUAUCGCCCACGCCAUGGCAGACACUUUGAGUAG